AUGGCCUCUGCCGCCAAGGGCGGCCGCGUGCGCAUGAGUGGCAUGACGUCUGAUGGCCCCCCGCGCAAGUGUCAGAGGAAGGAGACUGCCCCGCCGAAGUCGCCCAAGGGUGGCAAGAAGGCCGCGGCAGACGCUCUGCUCGAGUGCUUCUGCUGCAGGAGCAGCCCCGACGACGCCAAGCGCGGCGCUCCCGAGGCCAAGGGCAUCGAGUGGGCGUUGUACAGGGGCCUGUCUGGAGGUCAGCGCCGCGCCGUCGGGGACGCGUGCCGCCAGCGCUGGACGGCCGCCAAGGCCGUCGGGGGCCAGUCCGCAGAUGCCGCCGAGGUCAUCAACCUUUACAAGGCGGGGGAGCUCGAGCCGGUCGAGAGCGUGGAUCAGGCGAUCAAGACCGCCCAGACUGGAGAGCAGAGCUUCGCCCCGUCCGCUGUGACGGACACGACGGAGGUGGCCUUCGAUUUCACGCGUGAGAUCGUCGUCAAGACCGAGUCCGAGCUCAAGAAGGAUUUGAACAGGUCUCGUUUGCUCAAGCGGCAGACGAAGGCAUUGUGUGGCAUGUCGGCUCCGAAUGACACGGGCACUGGCACCGAGCACGUCUACUUCUUCAAGUCUGAUGAGGGUUCAGACGAUACCGCUGGUGGGGGCAGCUCGGGAGCUCGUCGGGUGGCCAUGCGCGUGACCAGGAAGCUGACGUUCGACACCAAGCUAUUGGAAUCGCACAAGCAGGCCUUCCAGCAGCAGGGCCAGCGCGUUUUCCAGGAGGGUUUGGACAGCAUCUUUGAUGGCGACGUCUCUUGUCUCGGUGCCAAGCUCAGCAACAAGGCAGGCGCGGCGGCGUUGCAGACGUACGCGGAUUUCCUGAGAUCCGAGGUGGGCGCGAAGGAUGACGAUGACGGCGACUCCGAGAAACCUCCAGCCGAGUGCAUCGAUGCCGACGGUGUCCUUGAAGGCGUCGCCGCUUCUGCGAUGCCCCCUCCGACGUCCUUGCCGAGGAAGGGCUCCAGGAACGCUGGCUUCGUGACGCCAUCCAGGUCCGCCGUGGCGAUCGGCGUGCCAGGGAGCGGUUCCAGCACCAGCCCUCUCGAUGAUGGAGCCAGCUGCAGCGGGAGCAUGCUUUCCGUUGACGAGGAGGACCAGGAGAUGUUGCACGCGGACGACUUGCUAAGGCAUUGGAAGGCCAAGAUCGACUUGAAGUCCGUGAUGUCCAACGAGGUCGACGGUCGCAUUGUAGCUGGCCUGCGGAAGCGAAUCAGGAGGCUGAGGGCCAAGCCGGAGACGUACUCUGAUGCCGACACUCUCGCCGUCUUCGAGGCGCAGGUGGCUUUGUGUGAGAAGUUUCGGGCGGAAUGCAUGGGCGACUUAUCGUGGUCAGAUGCUCAGGAUAUCGUGAUGAAGCUUUCCAAAGCCGGCGUCUGCGAUUACCCCAGGCAGACGCGGCUCAAGCUCGUAUCGCUCAAGUUGGCCAGCCUGAAUAUCACCGAGGAUGCCGAGGACUACGUCAGGAUCGCGUCGCCCAUGAACUCGGGAGUCUUCGACCCUGCGGACCCUACCCUUGGGGGCGCUGAGGCGAAUGACAAGGAGAGGGUUGCCGAGUUCAUCCGAGUCGUUGUGAAGGGCCACUUGAAUGGGAUGAUCUACAUGGGCCCCAGUGCGCAAUCUACACUCGUUGAUGUUCUCGCGGCGUGCUCCACCGCCUUCGGUGACGCCGACUACCUCACUUGCACUGCUGCGCAGAUUAGAUGUGCCAGCGACGUGAAUGACGUUUGCGCAGUGCUGCUCCAUUGCAUCUGGCCUGCUCCAGGCGCCACGGUCCUCGACAUUGCCGACCAGCUCGAGAGGGUCGUUGGCAUGAUGGAUAAGACGGGUGCUUCUGCGGGUUGCGUGCUUGCGGCUGCUGUGGCCUCCACCCCGUUCUACAAGGAGAAGGUCGACGCGAUGUUCAGGACCCUCCCGUUCGCGAGGGAGCAGCUGCCGAGCAUCAGGAAGGCGACGGAGGCGCUGGCCGAUGGCGGGCAGGACCGCUCGGCGCGCUCCAACCGCUCCUCCGUGGGCCUCGUAGGCCGGCCUGAACCAUCCAUGGAGCAGCUGAAGUCGUGGUGUCAGAGCCUCCUGAUGUGGUGCGAGGGCUUGCCGACGCACGCGGCGGAGCUGUCGGGCCUCUUGAAGCAGAAGGUCAUAGAUGUGGUCACGGCAUUCACCAGCCUUGAUUACAAUGAGAACCCCAUUCCCUCAAGGGAGGCCGUGGCCAGCAUCAGCGAGCUAGUGCAGGAGGCCAGCAUUUCCUUCACGAAUGACGCCGAAGUAGAGCAGCUGCAGCACACCAUGGCAUCGGUGCUUCAGACCAUUGAUAGCACUGAUCGUUGCCACCGCUUCUUCGUGGCCUCCGAGAGCUUGAUGCCCGAGUGGUCGACGGGCGCCAAGGUUAACUGCAUCGACCUUGACCUUUUCGCGCAGGGCGUCAAAGACGUCGCGCAGGCAUGCACGCAUGUCAAGGGCCUCGACCUCAGGAAGGACGCGAGGUCCAAGAGCGUCAACCGCAUCCAGCACUUGAUCAUCGCGGUGCUUGAGGAGCACAACAAUUUCCAGGAGUGGUCGAAGGGCCGCGCGUGCUUGGAGGCGCUGCUGGUGGUCUGCCCCGAGAAGACCGUGGCGAAGCGCCUUGGCAUCGUGUCCGACGUGUGCGCCUUCCUCGCGGCGAGAGACGCUGUGGCUGCGGUUUCGCAGGACGCUGACGUCGUCGACUCCGAGGGGGGCAUCCAGCUUUUGGACGCUCUCGCCGCGAAGCUGCCGAGGGCGAAGGCAAUCUCCGAGGGCAGCGAUGCAGAGUUCUUGGAUCUGAACCUCCGCAACAAAAACGACGAGUCGGUGGCCUGGGCAGUCAAUCUCAGGAGUGCGGCCGCCGAGAGGCGCGUCGCCAUGGCUCGGGACCGUCUGAAGGGCGCCAUUGAGGAGCUCGACCAGAUGAAGUACGCGACCGCUUCUGGGAAGGAGUGGUGGGAGGGCCUCCUGCCCGCUGCAAGCCUCCACGAGGUCUCGAAGCACGUGCAGGCCGCGACGGCUGGCACCCAGUGGGCGCCGUUGAAGGACAAGCAUGCCAAGAUGGCCGUGCUGCUGAGCGACUACGCGCAGGCGUGCAAGUGGGGCGGCCUGCAAGUGGACGCCGACAUGAAGAAUGAUGCCGAUGCCGUCUCUGAGAGGAUCGCGAUCACGCUUGCGGAGGCUGUCAUCUUAAUGAAGCUGACCACCGAGCGCAACAGCGACCUCCUCCGCCAGGCCAUCGUGGACGAAGUGAAGGUGCUCAGGAUGAAGCUCCGCAGUGGUGUGAAGGAGGACCGUGCUCUCCACAUCAGCGUCUUCCAGCCCACGAUGGCCUUCUUGUUGGGCCGCUAG